AUGGAUGGAGCAACAUAUGUUUGUAUAAAACAAUUCAAUGCCAGACUUGGUGAUGAAAUUAGUCUCAAGAUUGGUGACAAGAUACAAGUUUUAGCUGACGACCAUGAAUACAACGAUGGUUGGUACAUGGGUAAGAACUUGUUAACUGGUGCUGUUGGGUUAUACCCAAAGAGCUUUACUCAAGUUUUAUCCAAUACCAACAAUGAUGAAAAAACUUUGUUGAGGUCUAGGUCAAGAAGGGUUUUAACACCCCCUGGCAAACAAAUGAAUAAUGGCGAUCAUCAAAACAUCAAUAGCUCAGCAGAAGUCAACAAUAGCAACAACUCCAAUACUCAUAAUGCGCCCAACGUACCUAGUAAAUUAAACCCCAACAACACUAACAAUAAUAGCUCACACGAGACCAUUCCAACUCCUUUGAAGGAGUCUUUUGACAAAUUGUCAAUAAAAGAUAACAAUAGCGCUACAGCUGGUGGUGGUGGUCACAAUAUGAUUAAUGAUGAGAUUGACAAAGCUUUAAAAGAGAUACAAGGGGAUAACAAACAUGCCAAUGGAUUCACACCCAACAACAAUUAUAAUAGCUACGGCAACAAUAACAAUAACAAUAACAAUAACAACAACAACAACAACAACAGUCACAACGAGUUCAAACCAAAACAGUCAAGCGUGGCCUCUAACAACAACAACAACAAUAAGACACACGCGAGGAACCCAUCUGAACAAUCUUUGACUGAUGAUUUGAACCCUUUACAAGCACAUGAUUGGACUCCAAAACAGGUGUCAUCAUACUUUGCUUUGGUUUUGGGUUUUAGUCCGGAAAUUGCCAACAAGUUUGCCAAACACAAGAUUACAGGAGCCAUUUUAUUUGAAAUGGAUUUGGGUCAUUUAAAAGAAUUGGAUAUUGACUCCUUUGGUACUCGAUUUGAAAUUCAUAAAGAAGUGGAAAAACUAAAGGAAAUGAAUCUUCGAUCACAAAAGUUGAAACUGAAAUCGCAACUGCAGUCUAGAGUAAAUUCCAUUAAUAGGACUGAUACUACUUCUUCGACAUUGAAUUCAGCGCCGACUGAGGACACGACAUACCCUGACAUAGAUGAGAAGCCACCAAAACACGAAAAUAUUUUACUGCCGAAUGGGAAACAAAACGAGCUAAUGCCGUCUGCCAUGUUGGAAGACACUUCGGACUCAACUAUCAAACAUUCAAGAAAUAGAUCACUUUCUAUGGACAAUUUGGCAAAGCCUUUCGGUGAAGGAUCAUUUGCUUCGCCUAGAAAAGCACCUCAACCUCCACCACAUGGCGAUAGUCCACUUGGCUCUGAUUACAAGUUUGGAUAUGGAAGUCAGUCACCAUACAAUAAUAAUGAGGAAAAACCAAAUGGAUUGUACAUGACUCGUACAAAUGCAUCAGCCCAUGCUUUAUCGAGACCACCUUCUUCAGUUUAUGAUCAAGCAUCACACAGUAGACAAGUGUCGCAAUCUUCCAAUAACCAUCAAAAGAAACUGUCAAUAUCAACCAAUAAUCACAAAAGACACUCGUCUUUAUUUUCAUUCUUUUCAGGAAAUGAGGAAGGUGGUGGCGACAAGCAAAGCCAUACACCAACCCAAACACAACCAAAAUGGCAAAGUAAGAAUUUGCAGCGGGACGAAAGUGUGUGGUCUCAUGACGAUAAAUUGAUUUCACCAGCACAAAUUAGACGUGAAAAUAGCUCCAUGACAAAUUCACCCAGGAGAAGAUCUCAAUUGUUUGAUUUGUCUAAUUCUCCAGUUCACAUAGAUGAUGCCGGAUUAUCGCCCAAGAAGCUGAAAUCGGUAUCGAUGAGGGCAAAAUCCACUGAUGCAUUGAAGGACGAUAACAAGCGUGUUGCUAGUGAUUCGCAAGCAAAUCUUUCCAAUACUCGUCCCGGAGCUUCGCGGUUGAAGAGUUUGCGUACUACUUCUACUCAAAACAUUCUCAAUUUGACCGGGUCCAAGAAGCUGAAAACAUCUGCAUUUACUGAAGGUAUCCGUGAAAUUACUCCUAACGAAGCUAUUAAGACAGCAAAUUAUAGCGGUUAUAUGUCAAAGAGAUCGGGUAAUACUUUUGCUUGGAGGUCGAGGUUUUUCACUUUACAUGGAACGAGAUUGUCGUACUUUACUUCAUUGAAGGAUAAAAGGGAAAAGGGGUUAAUCGAUAUCACGGCCCACAAAGUCAUACCAAUAAAUAGUGAAGCUGAGGAUAUAGACAAAGCUGAUAAGUAUGCGGCAAUGGUGGCCUCAACCACAAUGGCAGGUAACUAUUGUUUCAAGCUUGUACCACCAGCACCAGGAUUUAAAAAGGGUCUUACUUUUACCCAACCAAAGACUCAUUAUUUUGCCGUUGGCUCGGAAGAGGAGAUGAGAGGUUGGGUUAAAGCACUAAUGACUGCAACUAUAGACAUUGAUGAUUCUGUGCCAGUGGUUAGUAGUUGUUCAACACCAACAGUUAGUUUGAGUAAAGCCCAGGAGAUGUUGGCUAAGACCAGGGAAGAAAACAAAAUGAAGGAUGAAGAGUUGCGGGCCAAGGGGUAUAUCAGAGUAGAUGAGGAUUUUGGUAAUGAUUCAUCAUUUCAAACAUCAAUGUAUUCGACAUCGACUUUGGCUCCAGAGCGAGUACCACCCAAGUUAUCGAUUGAUACUCAAAGCAAUAGAUACAGUACAAGCACUUUAAAUGGUCCACCAAAGACUCCAAGCGUACCUGGAUCACACAAUCUGGGUGGAUUUGCUUCACCUUACUUGUUGGCAUCAGGAUACCUUUCAUCGCCCAAAUCAGGCAACUUUUCAUCGAAUAGUGGGACCCCAGUUACCACAAACUCGGGAUAUUUUGCCGACACUGUUGAUCAAAGGCCAUUGAGGCCACCCUCACUUCAACAAUCACCAUACGAGAAACCAACCAGUGGGUCGUUCAACCCGUAUGCAAACGAUAGCGAACCCACAUCAACUGCAUAUUCAACUGCAUCCUCAGCGAAUUCUCAAACCAACCAUAAUUCCAAUAUCAACAACAGCAACAGCAAUGGUACUGCUACCUCACCCAACGUGAGUUCCUUUAGUCAAAAUUCUAAACGAGAGGAAGUUUCGGAGCCUAGUUCAUCUACUGGUACCAACAAUAAACCGCUUAUGUCUACUUCGUCUGGCAGGUUGAUGAGUGGAAGCAAAAAGAGAGAAAAGAUGAUGGCUUUUAGUAGUGAUGAUUCAGGUAACCAUACGUUUGUGAUUAAGUCGAAGAAGUGA